CGUGGUUCCUCAAGGCACCGCCCCAUCACCAUAAACAAACAGUGUCGACUUUACCCAAGUAGUGUCAGACUCAGAGAUGGGACCCGGAAAUGAGGAGAGUGGCGGGAAAAGCUUCCUUUGCCUGAAGGACAAUAUAUGGCGAGUCGUAACUGUCAUUGGGAGCAGAAGGACAGAAGACGGUGGUCUUGAGGAUUUUUAUGUGCAUUAUGAGGGAUGUGACCCACCUGAGGAGGAGGAGGAGUGGGUGGACCGGAAGUGCCUGGUGCCCUUGGGUGAAGCUGUGCAAGGGAUCAACAGAGAAAAGAGGAAAGUCACGGAGGAACCAAGGAAGGGAGGAAAAGACAACAUGCCUCCAGAGCAAAAGAAGUGCAAGACGCUGGAAGCAUUUGCGUCAGAAGAGCCUUGUGAAGUUCCAGAGCAGCUGAUAUGCCCGCACUGCCUGGACGCUUUCACUGACCCUGUGCUUCUAGACUGCGGACACAAUUUGUGCAACUGUUGUCUCUCAUCCAUACUAUCAAAGCAGCCCUCCCCCAGCUGCCCUCGUUGUCUUAAAUUUCUUUCUGGCCAGAACUGCAAGCCUAACUAUGCCCUGGGAAGCCUGGCCAGCCAAAUAAAGGAGGGCUACCUGCCCCAGCCUGCAGGGAAACUCAGAGAAAGGCCAGAGGACAAAGCAGGAGACCAGAGGCAGGCCAAGUUCUACGUUUCUCCUGGACCGGCCAGCUGCACAGAGAAACAAAAGGACAACAAGGCUUCUAGCAUGAAUCAACUGCAAAUCCACCUGCAGCAGCUGAGGGGCCAGUGCGAGGAGCAGGAGCGAUGCCUGACCAAACUAUCCGAGAUUGCAUACAGUUUGGAGCAACACCUGGAGUCCGAGUUCUCGGCCCUACAAAGGUUCCUGCAGGAGAGGAAAGAGAAGCUGCAACUGGAGCUGCAUGAGGAAGUUUCAGAAGCUCAGAUGGUGAUGAAGCAGGAGUUGUGUAAGAUGAGAAAGGAAUGUCAGAGUAUUGAGAAGAACCUGGGCAGUAUUUUGGGAGACAAAGAUCAGUCUACUUUGGGAAAGGGUACACCGCUGCUGACUGACAGGUGCAGUCAGAUUCAAAACUUGAACUCCCCCAGCUGGAACCUCGCCGAUAUUGAGAAUCACUUGUUGGGUCGAUUCAGGGGCCCAGUUCAGUUUACAACCUGGAGGGAUAUGAAGGACAUGCUGGAGCCAGGUUUAUCUUGUCCCCGUCUGGAUCCAGAUACGGCCCAUCCCGACUUGCUGCUCUCCGAGGGAAACCACCGCCUCAGCUAUUUUCCAGUGAGCCACCCCCCCACUAUUAGCCGCACAAGGUUCAGUCAGUACCUGGUAGCUUUGGGGGUUCCCAAGUACAAAUCAGGGAAGCAUUACUGGGAGCUGGAAAUCGGCAGGAAUACAGAAUGUGACGUUGGUAUCAGCUUGGAGUGUAUUAGCCGUAAGGAUCCCUUUGUCCUUACCCCGGCUGAUGGCUGCUGGGUUUGUUCUGUUAGAGGAGGACGUCACAUUGUAGCAUUUGACUCCUCCCCUAAAGUAUUCAAACUGCAGGAGAAACCUCGCCGGAUCGGAGUCUAUCUGGAUUAUGAGGGCGGCCAGAUUUCAUUCUACAACCCACAAAUCAUGGAACAUUUUUACACCUUCAGGGCUUCCUUCCAGGGCAGCCUUUGUGCCUACGUUUCUCCCUGCUCCGUAACCGAAGGGGAAACAAGUGGCCAGCUCCUCCGGCUCUUCCAAGGACAGCUGUGACUUUGUGUUGCUAUUCUGGUUGCUAAGGGAGAGGGCUACUCCUGUUGCACCAAAGUUAUGUGUCGGCAUCACUGGAGAGAAUCUUACAGGAUAUUACAUUUAUUUUCUCCUGGAAGAGCAAAUGAAGUGUUGCUAGAUUAUACCUAUGUUAAAGGGAUUGUUUCAGAUAGUUCCCCAGAAAUUUUUUUUUCAAAUUACUUUCUAUUUUCUUUGUGUCACUGUUUUUC